AUGGAGUCAGAAGGACAUCUAAAGAGGAAAGACACCACCAAGGGUCCUCCAUUAAGGAUAUUAAGCUUGGAUGGUGGAGGAGUUCGUGGUUAUUCUAUGUUUAUUAUCAUACAAGAAAUAAUGCUUCGAACCUACGUCGAAAUCGAAGGGAAAGCUCCAAAGCGCGAUCAAAUUCCUAAACCAUGCGAUCAUUUCGAUCUCAUAGUUGGUACCGGUACCGGCGGCCUGAUCGCCUUAAUGUUAGGGCGACUCCGGUUAAACCUAGAACAGUGCAAAGAACUGUACGUUCGCAUGACGAGGAUGGUUUUCGAGAGUGAUAAAACUUUUGCUGGUAUCCCGUAUCGCUCCACAUUGUUCAAGGCAUCUAUGCUUGAGCGCGCGAUCAAAGAAGCCGUAAGGGAGCAUACUUGGUCUGAUGAUGAAGGAAACGACCUCGCAGCAGAUAUUGUCAGUCCCAUAUCUACCGUGUCGCGAUCGAGCGCUGCAAGUGGGUUUCCGCGACGACACCAAAGCAACGCAAGCGUCGUCAGUUUUAGUGGGCGCAGUCCAGCCAGCCAAGCCAAAUCGACAUUUCGCGGUGGACAGGGUAAUCCCGAUGCACAGUUAUACGAUACACGAGAAAAUAGGACAAAAACGGCUGUAACUGCUAUGUACAAGGGAACACGCAAGGGUGGCCCUCCUGCGCUUCUCCGUUCAUAUGACUCGAGAAAAGAGCCUCCCCCAGAAUACGACUGUACAAUUUGGGAGGCCGGUCGGGCGACAUGCGCGAUUGGGCUGGCGUUCAAGCCGAUCAAAAUUGGACAGACGGUAUUCCAUGAUGACGGAUCUGGAACAUUUAAUCCAUCUCCUGUGGCCCUUGACGAGGCUACAGUUAAUGAAUGGCCGGGACGAGAUGUGGGCGUCUUCAUCAGCGUUGGAACCGGUAAACGACCAAGGGGUACCGAGCAGAACCAGCACCUAUGGUAUGAAGGCUUUAUGGGCGAAUGGGGAGAAGCCAGAAAGAAGUUAAUUGCCAAGGUGGAAGGCUGCGAAGCCAUCCACGAGCGCAUGAAAAAUGAACUUUUGAUAAAACGAGGCGUCAACAUUGAGAACUACUACCGAUUUAAUGUCGAAGUUGGUGUUGGGGAAUUCUCCAUGAACGAGUGGGAUAGGUUAGGUGAUAUCAGCACGGGCACAAAGAGGUAUCUAUCUCAAAAUACCGAACAAAGGAUGGUGCAGGAGUCCUCUACAAAAUUGGCCAAGAUCCACAAGGCAAAGCAGAGGUAUGAGAGACUCGGUCGAAUACCUGAUAUUGUGUCUCAACCAACCAUGGGGUCGAUAAACGCGCCAUUAGCUGUUGAGCUUCCAGGAGACUUCCCUACGUCAUUCCCAAUCCGAAGCACUCCAUCAAGCCGGCAAUCAUAUGAGUCCGGCAUAGAUCACCUCGAACACCUCUCCGUCAAUGCUGCCAACCCGCCAUCGCCUCGGAGUUCCGAUGAUCGCCUGCGGCCUGCCACUAGUCAUUCCUCUCCGCCUCAGGUAGUUACCCGACCGCAUAGGAUGCCCUCGCCUCCUGCCUCAUUAUCAGCAAUCAGGCCGCCUCCCCCAGACGACGAGCCUGACCGCCUUGUGGUGACAGCCCCCACGCCAGCGCAAUACCGGAAUGCUGCUGGUAGUGAUAAAAUAGCAAUCACGGGGGCCGACGAAUAUCCCCGGAGGCAAAGAGAUCCUUUCAUGCAGCCUAUGAUACAACCAUUCCAGCCGCACCGCAUUGAACCUCCACCACUGCCCCCUAAAACACCGCUGCCUGAAAAGCAGAUGUCAGGCGGCCGACGCCCUACUCGAACUGGGAGCCCCUUACCACCCUAUCCCGAUGAAGACGGUCCUCCGCCAGUAGUUAACAUGGCGAGGAAACCGGACUAUAGGGGCAGAUGA